UUUGCCUUUUCCUCUUCUUUAUCGAAACCCUCUGUCUUCACAUCUUCAGAAAAAUGCGCGAGUGCCUCUCAAUCCACGUUGGUCAGGCUGGUGUGCAGAUUGGCAAUGCCUGCUGGGAGCUUUACUGCCUGGAACAUGGGAUCCAGCCGGACGGCAGGAAGCCUGGUGACCAGAACAUCUCAGGAGGAGUGAACGAUUCCUACAACACCUUCUUCAGUGAGACUGGAGCUGGAAAGCACGUCCCCAGAGCAGUGUUUGUUGACCUGGAGCCCACUGUCAUCGAUGAGAUGCGCACGGGGACUUACCGCCAGCUGUUCCACCCUGAGCAGCUGAUCACUGGCAAGGAGGAUGCUGCCAACAACUACGCCCGAGGACACUACACCAUCGGCAAGGAGGUCAUCAACCUGGUGAUGGACAGAAUCCGAAAGCUGUCCGACCAGUGCACCGGUCUUCAGGGUUUCCUGGUGUUCCACAGCUUCGGAAAGGGCACCGGCUCUGGUUUCACCUCCCUGCUGAUGGAGCGUCUGUCCGUCGACUACGGCAAGAAGUCCAAACUGGAGUUCUCCGUCUACCCAGCUCCCCAGGUGUCCACCGCUGUGGUGGAGCCCUACAACGCCAUCCUGACCACCCACACCACCCUGCAACACCCUAUUUUUAGCAUCACAUAAGUUAGCCAUAAAGUCAAAAUCCACACUUAUUGUUUCCCACCAAAGGAUAUUUGUUAACAUGGGGUAAAUUAGCCCAGUUACAAGUGUUAAAAGGUACCUAUUGAAGUCUAUCCUUUAGGCAAGGCAAGGCAAGGCAAGUUUAUUUAUAUAGCACCUUUCAACAC